AUGAAGGCUAUCCUCGGACAUCCACAUGCCUUUGUGGAUCGUGAGACGUUGCGGACACUUUUCGCUGAAGUUGUUGGUAUCCUUAACACGCGUCCGUUGUGUCCAAGCAGUGAUGAUCCAAAAGAUAUGAAAGCCCUAACGCCAAGCCAUUUCCUCCAGCAAUGUCAAGGAUUGGCUAUUCCUCCUGGAGUGUUCGAUGAUUCAGAGAUGUUCUCACGUAAGAAAUGGAAGAGAGCGCAGGUUCUAGCAAAUCAAUUUUGGGUCCGCUGGGUUCGAGAGUAUCUUCCCAUUCUUCAAGUAAGGAAAAAGUGGCUUGUGCCGAAAAGAAAUCUUCAAGUGAAUGAUCUCGUGUUGGUCGUUGACUCAACCCAGCCAAGAAGUCAUUGGAAUCUAGGACGUGUGACGAAGGUGUUUCCUGGCACGGACGGUUUAGUACGCACAGCCGAAGUAAAGACCCAGUCGUCGUUACUAGUGAGACCUAUCGCAAAGCUUUGCUUGUUAGAAGAGACGAAAUGA